AUGGAGAAUCAAAGCUACGUGGGGGAGAGCGGAGGGGAUGCCGCCACGCUACCCAUCGGCUACCUGCACACCAAUGGCCACAACCACCAUGACGCGCACCGAGAUGGAAACGGCAACGCCAACAACGGCCAGGUACAGCAUACGAAAGUCGACGUAAAGACGGUCCCCGAAGAGAGUGCAGCACCACUCAGAGAAAAAUGGGGUAAAAACAUCGAGUUCUUGCUAUCCUGCGUGGCCCUGUCGGUCGGAUUCGGCAACGUCUGGAGAUUUCCGUACACCGCCUACAACAAUGGAGGAGGUGCGUUCGUCAUACCGUACCUGAUUGUGCUGUUUAUUAUCGGACGACCAAUCUACUAUCUCGAGAUGGUGCUGGGCCAGUUCUCCAACCGGGGCUGCGUUAAGGUGUACGAUCUUGCACCGGUUAUGCGAGGUAUUGGCGUCGGGCAAACCAUCGCCAUCUUUACGGUGAUUACGUACUAUGCAGCUGUUUUGGCCAUCACCCUGCGGUACCUGGUCGCUUCGUUUAGUCCGGAGUUGCCCUGGAGCCAGUGCGAUUCCAAUUGGACGAACUGUAUCGACUCGGUCCUUAAAGGAAACUUCACGUUGGAUUCAAACGUAACGCAACCGAAAACGUCAGCGGAACUAUAUUUCAAGAAUACCAUCACACACAAAGUUGACUCAUUGGACAACGGUUUGGGAUACCCCGAUUGGAAGCUUACGAUCUGUCUCAUCGUUUCGUGGGUUUGCAUUAUUGCCAUCCUGAUCAAAGGCAUCAAAAGCUCAGGUAAAGUAUCCUACUUCCUGGCCAUCUUUCCCUACAUCAUCAUCGCCAUUCUGCUGGUCCGCUCGUUAACCCUUGAGGGUGCUUGGACCGGGAUCGCUUACUUCUUUAAGCCUCAAUGGGACAAACUUCUCACGAUCGAAGUCUGGUACGAGGCCGUCACGCAGUGCUUCUUCUCGCUGACCAUCUGCUUCGGUGGAUUGAUCGUUUACUCUUCGUUCAACAACUUCUCUAACAAUAUCUACCGACACGCCUUGAUUAUCACCUCGCUGGACACGGUCACCUCGCUCAUUGCGGGAUGCGUCGUUUUCGGGGUGAUCGGUCAUCUGGCGAAGGUUACAGGGCAAACCGACAUUUCCAAGGUGGUCCAGGGUGGCGCCGCUUUGACGUUCAUCACCUACCCGGACACGAUAGCAAAGUUCGACUUCAUACCGCAGUUCUUCUCGGUGCUGUUCUUCUUCAUGCUGUUCCUGCUCGGCAUUGGAACGCUGAUCGGUAUCGUUACCUCCGUCAUAACGGCCAUCCACGAUCAGCGGCCAGAUAUUACGCGGUGGAAAAUUGUCAUCGGAGUCGGUGUGGCCGGAUUUGCAAUCGGUUUGAUCUACAUCACACCGGGAGGUUUGAUCGUUCUGGAUGUGAUGGACAAGUAUGGUGCAACGUUGGUGACGCUAACGCUCGCGGUGUUUGAGCUGUUCACCUUCGCCUGGAUUUAUGGCGUUAAUCGCGUGUGCAAGGAUAUCGAGUUUAUGCUCGGUAUCGAAACGGGCAAGUUCUGGCGCAUCUGUUGGGGUAUUGUGACCCCGUUGAUAGUAUUCAUCAUCCUAGUGGUCAGUCUUAUUAAUUACGAACCGGUUGAUGCACCUUACAGCCUCAAUGCGAUCGGGUGGUGUCUGUAUGCGUUCGCAGUGCUCCAGCUGCCGUGCUGGGCCAUCUAUGCCUUGCUGCAGAAGCAUGGGCACACGUGGGUGGAAAGCUGCAAGGCUGUCCUGCGACCGAUGGUCGACUGGGGCCCGGAGGAUCCGACCAAGAAUGCCGAGUAUGCCGAAUUCAUCGAAGAAUACAACCAACAAAGUUCGUACCAGUCCGGCACGUUUAUCCAUAAACUGCUGAAAAAGAUUAUGGAGUAAAGCAGCUUUUACACCAAU